UUAUAGUGUUCCGUGAAGGUAUUGAUCAAAUACUGGACCAAGGAGGGCUGCGAUUAGACGCAGUGAGCUGAACGGAAAUCGUUGCAGAACUCACCAGCACUGCGAUGGAACUAACGGAUCUUCCGAACGAGCUUUUGGGUAAAAUCUUUUCCCAGCUACCGGUGGAUGAGCUAGUAACGGUUUCGUUGGUCUGUACGGCCUGGAGUGACAUAAUCCGUAGCUUCAUCCUACCGAAGCAUGCCGUCCUGCACUUACGUCCUGUGCAUCCCGUCACCCAUCAGCUGGUCCCAAUGGAAGCGCUUCUCAAGGAGCAGAGCACCAAACCGUACCCAAAGUGUCACGUGAAGCUUACCAUUCCCAACGGAGAUCUCCCGCAAACGACGGAGUUUCAGGAGUAUUUCCGUCGCCAUGGUAAUAGCUUGAAGUCUCUAACGCUUCAGUUACCCGAGCUGAGCGAGGAUGUGCUGCAGGUAUUUCCGACGCUUUGCAACUUGGAGAAGCUGUGCGUGACGAGCGAAUCGGAAUCGGCUUAUGGUGCCAUUCCGGGAAAUAUGGCCACUGGACUAGGCUCGCUCAAGUGUCUCAGACAUUUGAAGCUCCAUCUGCCGACACAUUCUAUCUUGCGCAGUCUUUCGAUGCUACAAGCUGCACCGCUGGUAUCACUGACGUUCGAACGGUUCGAGAUGGAACUGCAUCAUCUACGGGUACUACUGAAUGACCAUCAAGGUACAUUGCGUGAACUGACGGUGCGUGUAGAGGAGAUGAAACCGCUGCUGAUGCUGCUUAACUCCUACGAGAAACUGAGGCUCAUCCGUCUAAACCUCAAAUCGGGUGGCAAUGAGGAUGAUUUCUCUGAUGCAUUGAUUCAACUGUACGAAAGACAAUCGGCGCAUCUCCGUUCGUUGACGAUUGGCUCGGAACUAUCGCUUCGUGCCGUCGAUGCCUUACCAAAAAAACUACCGGAUCUACAGGAACUGGACAUCAUUGCCGAGAGCAUUAACAAUUGCCGAGCGUUCGGCGAGAUGCGGCAUCUACGCCGGCUCACGAUGUGCCUGUACGAUGUGCGUGCUUGGGAUGAGACGGUGGCCAUCGAAAGCGUCAGUGAUCUCUCGCUGGCCGUCACAUUUCCGCUCAUUUCUCCCGCCAUCUUUUGUUCCUUUCCCAAUCUGCACCGGUUGUAUCUGGAGGACGUGGACGACGAAACGCUCAUGCGGGACAUUGUCGUCGUGCGCACGCUGAUGGAGAAGAUGGGCAACGUUCGGGUAUUGGAUUUGGAAAACUUUGUGUUCCGCGAGCGUGAAAUACUGAACGACGGUGUACAGCGGUUCGAAGAGAUGGAGAACCUCGAAUGUUUGAAGUACAGCUGCCGAGAUAUGUCGGAUGCUUCGCUACUGACCUUCACGCUGCCGAAUUUGCGCGAACUGUGUCUUACUCACUGUCCAAAUGUGACAUUCAAAGGAGUGUCCUUCCUGGUUCGUAACUGUCCAUUGCUGGAGCGGUUGCAUCUGGAGUCGAACAAGCAGGAACUGAAGGAUGAUUCCAUUGGACUCAUCACUCGGAAUCUGGCCCGUUUGCGAGGACUGGUGCUGGUGAAUCUACGAGCGUUGACCAAUGCAUCCAUCGAUGCGAUAGUUGAGAAUUGCUUCUAUCUACAGGACUUGACUGUAACGCAUUGCGUUGGGAUUACACUGGAGAAGGGGGAAGCGAUUGCGAAGCUUGCAGUUGUUAGCUCUUUAAAAAAUCUCGUCUAUUCCUAAAUGUAAUCUUACAGCAGAUACUGG